AUGGCGGGAAGCCAUCCUAUGCCGGCCGACGAGGAAGAAUUUCACGACGCCAUCCACGCAAACGCCAUGCUCAACGCGGCGGAGGAUUUCAAGCCGUCCGAUUACAGCAACAUCAUCCGGCGGUACUCGCACCUCGGCGCCACGCACCCGAGUAACCCGCUCACCGUCGCGAAAGCCGGCGAGGACGAAAAAUCCGCCGGGGGGAAGACGCGCCGAUCGCAAUCCACGGGCGGAGGCGUGAAGAAGGGCAAGGGGUCGUCUGUGGCAUCGACGCUCGGGCGCGCAGCGGCGCGCGUCGGGAGGACGCUGGGCGCAAAGGGCGGGUCGCUGGCCAAGUCCAAGUCCUCCGUGGCGCCCCUUCAGUCCGAUGAUGAGUUCUCCAAGCAAUCCGAGCAGCCGUCGAUGCCCAUCGUGCUGCAGCCCUUCAUGGGAUCGUACGGUUCAGAGACGAAGGCGCUGCAGGAGGAGAAUCGACGGCUGCGGGAGAGGAUCGCGAUGCUGGAAGCCGUUCACGCAGAGGAGGCGGACGACAGCGACGACUUGGCGCGCCAUCGCGUGCGAAUGCUCAAGUCGUCAAACCUGCAGCUAGAGCACCAGCUACUAGCCUCCGAGUCCGCGUCGCUCACCGCCAAGGCGAUCCGCAACGAGCUGCUGAGCGCAAUGGACCAUCUUCACCGCACCGUCGGCGCGCUGCACGUGCGCGCGGGGGAGGACGAGGCGGAAGGCGAGCAGGCGGAAGCGGAAGCCGCGGAGGGCGCGGGCGGGACGGAGAUGGGGAACUCGCACGCGGGGACUCUGGACCAGACACUGCUGCCAGCUGCCGCUAUCUUAUUGGACGACGCGCAGCACGCCGCGGCGCAGGAGGAGAAGGAGAGCGCAAGCGCAGCCGCGGUGGCGGUGGCGAAGGGGGUGAGCAAGGUCGGCGCGGCACAGCAGCCGCUGACGCGGCGGAACUCGUUCGGGGGACGCGGCUCCGCCGCCCUCGCCUCCGCCGCCCGCCCCAGCACUCCCACCAGCCGCGGCACCUCGUCGUUCGCUAGCGGCUCGCCACGUGCCACGACCCCGCGCGCAACGUCCUCCGCCGGAAAGGGGAGCGCGUCGCCCACGGUGGGCGCACGGCGCGGUGGUGCGACGGUGGGCGCGGCGGGCAGCGCUGGGAAGGGAAAGACUGGUGGCGGAAGCUUCAAUGCGCGCGGGUGGGGAGUCGGCCCGGGGAAGCGGAACGGCGCGAACAAUAAAACUGCGGAAAAAAAGACCGCCGCAUCUGGCGCCGCGAAUGACGGAGACGGCGGCAUGGAUUUGACCUCUGCGGGAAGCCGCAGCGCGAGCACGAAAGACGGGCCGCUGGUGCUAGACCCCUCUAUAGUAACAUCUUCUGCUGUCUCCACACCUAUGGGCACGCCGCGCGCGGGGAGCACUCCCGCGGGGAGCCCGUUCGCCGCGUCGGCCGCGGCAGCCACUCCCGCGCCGACACUUGGCAGCCUGCUGGCGGCGUCGGGACAGGUGGCGAUCGCAAAGGAAAAGCUCGAGGAGCUCGCGAUGUGGAGCAAAGAAGCGCGCGAAAAGGUUCUGAUGCUGCUGCCCGCGCCGGGCGGAAAGAUCGGCGAACUGCCCGCGGAGGAAGGCGCGGGCAAGGCGGAGGACGCGGAAGCAGGGGGAGGAGCCGGCGGAGCGGAGAAGACAAGCAUGAAGGCGAUGGGCGCGCCGGAGCUGCCGUGCGCGGGGAAUCGCUUCAUGGCGACCAAUGAGGACGGCGACCCCGUCGCGGGAAUCGCGGCGAACCUCUGCCGCUCCAUCGAGGGUGCGCGCGCCGCCCUCCCCACACACCCACCCCUUCCACCAUUUGUCAACGCUUUCCCCUCGCUUCCUCCCCCAGGGUCCGCGCCGCUGCUGGAGUACGCGCGCGUGCACGAGUUGGAGGGGCGGCUGGCGGACCUGCACCCGCGCCUGCUCGCGCUCUCGUCGCUCCUCGAUAAUGUCGUCUUCCCCAGCUUGCCCGCCGAGGUGCGAUGA